AUGUCGGCAGCGGAUCAGCUUCUUGCCCAAUACGAGGGCCAAAUCGUCCCACGCUCGUUUAACGCUGGAUUCGUGACUCUGAGUUAUGUGGUUUCAUUCAUUGGUGCUGCCUCGACGCUCGAGUUGAUCAAUCGGCGGACGUCUCGCAGUGGAUUGUUUAAUCAUCUUAUUCUGCUCAGCGCUUCUGUCACCAUGGGUGGCAUUGCGAUUUGGUGCAUGCACUUUAUCGGAAACCGGGCAAUCGAUCUUGGAAACGGCCAGGCAGCUCUUCAAAUUGUGUACUCGAGCAGUUUCACCGCGAUUUCAUUCUUCCUUCCAAUUCUGGUGCUCCUCACAGCGUUUCUCGCCGUAGGUACCAAUAACAAAGUAUCGUGGUGGCGUAUUGUUGUCGGAGGCGCUCUUGCAGGUGGCGCUAUUUGCGGUAUGCAUUACUUGGGCAACGCGUCGAUCGAUAACUAUGUGUGCUCAUACAACAUUGCCAACGUUGUUGGCGCCGCUGUGAUAGCUGUGGCAGCCAGUAUUGUUUCUUUAGCACUAUUCUUCGUGUUCAGGGCAGCAUGGACAGCUUCCUGGUGGAAACGAGGGCUCUGCGCUAUCGUAUUGGCAGGAGCGGUUUCUGGGAUGCACUGGUGUGCUGCUAUUGGCACACAAUACCGUCUGGUUCGCUUGAGCUCAGGAGGAAACCAACUCUCUCGGAACAUCACGGUUAUUGUGGUUAUUUGCUUGUCUGUCACCGCGGCUCUAACCAUGGCCGCAACCGCGAUAUAUACGAACCAUAUCAUGCGACGCUACGCUGACAAGGCGCAGCAUGUCGUGCUGGCCGCUGCUGUUUUUGACCAAACAGGCUGUAUACUUGUCAAUCCUGACGGAUUAUUGCCCAGCGAGAGAAUUACGGAUACGUACAUUGAAAAAACACCAAGCGAUCACUUCAGUAUUGCCCACCCGCUAUUUCACUGGAUGUUUCGUGCCUCUCGAAACUGGGGCGGAAUGAGUGGCGUUAUCAGUAACAUGACGAAUCAUUUUACUCAACUGCGCAAAGGUCGCCGCGACGGUAAAGUCCGGCUCAUCGACGACAACGGUCAACUUGUUGCAAACUACGACAUCAUCUUUCGAGAACUCUUUUGUAUCGCGGCUUCAAAUCUAGCGGAUAGAAUGAAAGGACGUGUUGCCGACAUGGGAAUACUCUGGGAUGAGAUACUGCCGACCGGAGCAAGUCUGUCAAGACGACAACAAUUGCAGUCAGAAAGUAGUGCGCACAUUGCAAGUGAAGGCCAUGGACCAUCGCCCGGCCCUGACUCAGACGUACUUGCCGAAAAGGGAGAGGGUUGGAGGGCACGGCACCAAGAGUAUGGUCGCGGAUCGCUCAUGUUUUUGGUGCGUCGCCUCGAGAACGCGCGUGAUGUAGAGAAGUUACAAGCCGCUGGCUUCAGGUUCGCAGAGGUCAACCAAGUGUCUGGCAUCAUCGGCAGUAGCAUGCAAAUCAAGACCCGCAAUCUAAGCCAGAAGCUUAAUAAUAUGGCGACGUAUGCUGAGGGAAAUACAAUGAUGGAACCCGGCGUUCAUCUAAGCUUCUUCGGCUUAAAGGCCCGCGUUGGCAGCCAGGGCUUUGACGUUCUCGUAAGACGAGGCGCCCGGAAUCUGCUGCCAUCGAUGCAGAUGCCCCUGGAUCACCUUGAGUCGUGGCAGAUGGACUUUGUCCGUCAGAUUGAUCGACUGAACGUGCCAGCGGUUUGCCAGCGACUUGAUGCCAUGAAGAAACUGUCACCUCGAGAAAUGCUCUUCGCUUCUCAAAUGUACGAUACGAUUGAGGCUCUGCGAGCAUGGGUCGACGAUCCGAUUUUUGAUGAAGCAGUACUCACAUCCAAGGUGGUCCAGGUGCCUUCCACUUGCACUCUCAUUACUCUGAAGAUGGUCAUUCCAAUCCAUGUCAACGUGCAGAGUCCCAAAUGCGAAUUCGUGCCUUUAUCCUUCUUCAAGGUACACCAACUAGUUUACCGAGACUCUCCUCACCACACCGCUUUUUCACAGUCGGUGCACCGUGAUAUUACACCGGUAUUGAACGCGAUGGUGACGGCACCACCGAGCUCUCCUCAUCGAAGAAAACCAUCGUUCCUUCAUUUCAAGAAGAGCAGCCAGUCUACCACCUCGACAUAUCCGGUCGAUGCAGAUGGCAAUCCGAUUCCCACAGAGUUUGGUCGUCGGGCCAGUGCAGGGUCUGCGCACUCUAGCUCAACCAUCAAGUUAUGGAAUGGCCCUGGCAGUGAAAUGCCGACGAGCGAUGCUGGAUCGGACAGGAUCACAAACCUGCGGGCGGAGACUCCGCAUCCAUCCAACAACCUCGGUGGCAUUAUGAUCUCGCAAGAAAUCAAGGUCGAUGUCCGGGAGGCCAACGAAGCGAGCGACGUGGGCCGACGCUUUUCCAUGCAUCCCCGGACAGCCUCAAGUCCCCAACCGGCCCAAACCGGCAGGAAAACACCUGGUGAUGUGAUUACAGCCGUCAGUUCCGGGCACAAGAAAGCGGCCGCAUCUAAAUCGGGCUUUGAGAUGACGUCCAUGUCAGAUGGCAGAGAUGAAUUCCACAGCGGCCAGACAACCGGAUCUGCCAUGGUGGAAAGCGGAAGAGCAGGCGAGGCCAGCACGUUUGUGGAUGAGUUGUUUGCUUACAGAGGUGCGUUGUUGUACUACUCCUACCGACCUCGAAACCUCCCCGGCUCCCAAGGCGCCGCCGUCCCUCCACCUACCUUCGGCGCUGAUGGCUCAUUCUCGCUGCCCAAAUUCCCGGGCGUCAAGUCGCGCGAGGAGCAGAUCGCCGAACUCAAGAAGAGUACCAGGAACAACGAAGAGUAUGACAUCUUGGUCAUUGGCGCAGGCGCAACUGGCGCUGGUGUCGCUCUAGACGCCGCCACAAGAGGUCUGAAAGUCGCAAUGGUUGAGCGGGAUGAUUUCAGCAGUGGCACCAGCAGUAAGAGUACCAAGCUCGUACAUGGUGGUGUCAGAUACCUCGAGAAGGCUGUCUGGAAUCUCGACUACAACCAAUACAUGCUCGUGCGAGAGGCCCUGAAGGAGCGCAAGUACUUCCUGCAGACUGCGCCGCAUCUGAGUUCGUGGUUACCUAUUAUGGUGCCUCUGGACAAGUGGUGGAAGAUUCCCUAUUACUGGGCAGGGUGCAAGGCCUACGACUUUCUUGCCGGAAGCGAGGGCAUCGAAAGCUCUUACUUCUUGACCAGGAGCAAAGCGAUUGACGCUUUCCCCAUGCUGAAGCAGACGGAUCUGGUCGGAGCCACCGUCUACUACGAUGGAGCGCACAACGACUCCAGGAUGAACGUAUCACUGGCAAUGACUGCUGCCAUCUACGGGUCUACUGUUGUUAACCACGCCGAAGUGACCAGCUUGCUCAAGGAUGCUGAUGGAAAACUGUGCGGUGCCACCAUCAAGGAUCGCAUUCCCGAGUUCAACGGCCAGAGCACUGAAGACUUUCAGGUCAAGGCCAAAUGCAUCAUCAACUGCACAGGUCCCUUCUCCGACGCAGUACGGAAGAUGGAUGACCAGGACUGUAUGGAGAUUGUUGCGCCCGCCUCUGGUGUACACGUCAUCCUCCCUGGAUAUUUCAGCCCUGCCAAGAUGGGCAUGAUUGAUCCUUCUACUUCCGAUGGCCGUGUCAUCUUCUUCCUGCCUUGGCAGGGCAACACCAUUGCCGGUACUACCGACGAGCCCGCGGUAGUGACUCCCAACCCGCUUCCUGAUGAGAAGUCCAUUCAGUGGAUUCUGAGCGAGGUCAGCAACUACUUGUCGCCGGAUAUCAAGAUUCGUCGCGGCGAUGUUUUGGCUGCCUGGUCGGGUCUUCGUCCGCUAGUCAAGGAUCCCAAGGCCAAGAACACCGAGUCUCUCGUGAGGAACCACUUGAUCGACGUGUCCGACUCCGGCCUCAUCACAUGUGCUGGUGGCAAGUGGACAACUUACCGUCAAAUGGCUGAAGAGUGCGUCGAUGAAGCUGUCAAGCAGUUCAAGCUCACUACUAAGCCUUUCCCCAAUGCACCUCAUGUCAGCGGCUCGGACGCUGUUGACGAUGGUGCUUUUCUGGACGGUUCAUGUCAAACUCACAAUGUCCGAUUGGUCGGUGCGCACGGCUUCAGUAGGACGCUGUUCAUCAACGUUGUCCAGCACUUCGGCGUCGAGACCGACGUUGCCAAGCACCUGACUGAGAGCUACGGUGACAGAGCGUGGCGCUUCCCCGCAAGAGGCGAGCGUAUCUCAGCCCUAUACCCAUAUGUCGAUGGUGAGAUCCGUUACGCUGUUCGACACGAAUAUGCUCAAACUGCCGUGGAUGUUUUGGCCCGAAGAACGAGACUGUCCUUCUUGAAUGCCCAAGCGGCACUCGAUGCUCUGCCCAAGAUCAUUGACGUCAUGAGCGAGGAAUUGAAGUGGAGCAGCUCCCGCCAGGAAAGGGAAUGGAAAGAUACUGUUACCUUCCUUCAGUCCAUGGGUCUCCCUGAGCCCAUGCUCACUGCCACGAGGAAGGAUGUCGAGCAGCGGAAGCUGGACUUCACCAACUCGCUCGAAUGGCAGAUGUACUCGAGACACGACAAGCCAGCUGCAAUUGAGCAGUAA